AUGAAUGUAUCACAUUACAUAACCGUCAGAAUUUUAAAAGAUUUCAUUCGUACGAAUUUGACGAGCAUUCAUCCAAGUGCUUUUCGCGAAUUAUCAAAACGCAUUAAAAACUUCCAAACCACAAUAGAUAAUAUGUCUUCUGAAAACGAAAAAUUAGUGAAUACAAAUGGUGGUGGGAUUAAACGACAUCAUUCAAUCGAAAAUCUCGAACCAGUCAAAGAAGCCAAAAUGGAAAAAACGCCACAGAAGGUUGUUGAUACUAAAUCAAAAGAAGUUACAAAGGGCCAUCUUCAUCAUCGAACGGAAACAAGCAACGAAUGUCUUGAAAAGGGAGACAUCGUCUUUAUGUAUAAACCAAAGUUGGGCGUUGACGAAGCAUCAUCUCUUGAUGAGGUUCAAUUGUUCCAUGUCAUGUUAAUUCCAGAAGAUGAAAAUAAUCAAAGCGAUCAAUCAUCGAAAACACGUUUGAUUAAGAUCGGAAAAAAGAAACUACCAGCCAGUGGAAAAGAUCGAUUUUGGGCUUUUAUCGAGAAAGCUGAUGAUGAUUUAGAGAAAGUUGAAGAAAAUCUCGAAGCUCAAUCGUAUCGAACAGCGACAGUUGGAACACGAACAAUCAAAGCUGAUCGUAUUGCUGGCAAAGGAAAAUACAUCAUGGCUAAGGAAGAUAAAAAUCGCACAGCGAUUGGUUAUAUUCUCGAAUCGCCAGCUGAAGUUGGCGAAGUUCAACAUGCAUUUAACAUCACGAAAGAAGCAUCGUUUUCUUUAGCAGUGAAAAAUCCGAAGAAGAAAAAUCCAGCUGGUGCAGGUUUGACUUCGACUGAAAAGGCUGAGUUUCCUGAAGAACUUUUGAAAAAAUUCGGUGAUUACCAAUGGUUACCAGCUGAGCCAGCCAUGCUUGAUAUUCUUGGCUGCGAAAUGAUCUGGAUUGGUUCCACGACUGAUGCUCUCGAAGAUUUGCUGGAAGAACUUAACAAAGAAAUCGACGACGAAACAACAGCAAGUGAAGUGAUGAAAGAUAUACAACUAGAUGAAAAACAACAUCCAACUCAACCAUUGAUUGAUGGCGAAUGGCCAAAAGCAGAAGAUGCACCAGAGAAGAAGAAUGAAGAAACGCCUUCAAAUGAAUAG